CGCAGACUCUGUACAAGGAAAGAGGCGACAGGAAGAUUUUGUUGAAGGAUUUUGCAGCUGUUAUGAGGGGAAAAUCAUACUCCUGCCUGUGAGAAAUUUCUCCUCCAUUGCAAAGUCUUCCUAAAAGUUGAUAAGACAGACUAUAGAAGAUCUUUGGAGAAAUGGGGAGACGUUACCUGUGGAUGGUGUGUGUGUGCGUCUGUCUGUCGGUGAGUCGGUGCAAGACCGUGCGCUACAGGACUUAUGAGGAGGAUGAACCUGGCACAGUGAUAGGGACUUUGGCAGAAGAUCUUCACCUGGAGGGAGAGGGAAGUUUCCGACUGAUGAAGCAGUUUAACAAUUCCCUUAUUCACGUCCGUGAGAGUGACGGGCAGCUGAGUAUUGGGGAGCGGAUAGACCGGGAGCGAAUCUGCCGACAGUCCCCUCACUGUACCCUGGCUCUGGACGUGGUGAGUGUGGCCAAGGAGCAGUUCAAGUUGAUCCACGUGGAGGUGGAGGUGAGAGACAUCAAUGACAACAGCCCUCGCUUCCCCGGCGCAGAAAUACCCGUGGAGGUGUCUGAGAGCGCCCCGGUGGGCACCAGGAUUCCUUUAGACAUCGCUACUGAUGAAGACGUGGGGGUCAAUUCCAUCCAGAGCUUUCAGAUCUCAGAGAACAGUCACUUCAGCAUCGACGUGCAGACCCGGGCGGAUGGCGUGAAAUACGCAGACUUGGUGCUGAUGAAAGAGCUGGACCGGGAGAGUCAGUCCGCUUAUACCCUGGAGCUUUUGGCUAUGGACGGCGGGAGCCCAUCUCGCUCUGGCACGACGAUGGUUAAUGUGCGAGUGUUGGACUUUAAUGACAACAGCCCGGUGUUCGAGAGGAGCUCGGUGAUGGUUGAGCUGAUGGAAGACGCGCCCGUGGGACACCUGCUGUUGGACCUCGAUGCACUCGACCCCGACGAAGGUGCCAAUGGAGAAAUCGUGUAUGGCUUCAGCCCGCAGGUCCCCCAGGAGGUGCGUCAGUUGUUUAAAAUCGAUGCCAAAUCUGGUCGCCUCACUCUUGAAGGUCAAGUUGACUUUGAGACGAAGCAAACGUACGAGUUUGAUGCCCAAGCGCAAGAUAUGGCUCUGAACCCCCUGACAGCCACCUGUAAAGUCAUCGUGCGAGUCAUUGAUGUGAAUGAUAACGCCCCGGUCAUCGGCAUCACCCCCCUCACCUCUAUCAGCGCCGGGGUCGCCUACAUCACCGAGGCGGCUGCCAGGGAGAGCUUUGUAGCGCUGAUCAGCACCACGGACAGGGACUCCGGCCAGAACGGACAAGUUCACUGCACUCUCUAUGGGCACGAGCAUUUCAGGCUGCAGCAAGCCUAUGAGGACAGCUACAUGAUUGUCACCACCUCUGCCCUGGACAGGGAGAAGAUAGCCGAGUACAACCUGACAGUGGUGGCCGAAGACCUGGGCUCGCCCCCGUUUAAAACUGUCAAGCAGUACACUAUUCGGGUGAGCGAUGAGAACGACAAUGCCCCUGUUUUUGCUAAGCCGGUGUACGAGGUCUCAGUGCUGGAAAAUAACGCCCCCGGGGCUUAUAUCACUACUGUAGUGGCCAGGGACCCGGACUUUGGUCACAAUGGUAAAGUUAUUUACAGACUGGUGGAGACUGAAGUGAUGGGGGCCCCGAUUACAACUUACGUCUCGCUGGACCCUGCGACUGGCGCAGUCUAUGCACUGAGGACUUUUAACCACGAGAUCCUCCAGCAGUUGGACCUGAGAAUCCAGGCGAGUGACGGAGGGUCCCCCCAGCUCACAAGCAGCGCGAUCAUUAAGGUGAAGAUCGUGGACCAGAACGAUAACGCGCCUGUUAUCGUCCAACCAGCCCUGUCCAACGGGUCCGCAGAGGUCGUGGUCCCAUCCAGAGCCCCGCACGGCUUUCUGGUCACCCACAUUAAAGCUAAAGAUGCCGACGAAGGGGUUAACGCCGAGCUGACCUAUAGCAUCGCAGAUGAAGGCAGAAAUGUGUUCACCAUUAAUAAAGCCACUGGGGAAGUCUUCCUGGUCGCAGAUGUCAGUGAAGCCAUUGGACAGGUGUUUAGGGCCACAGUGAGUGUGAGUGACAGCGGGAGGCCCCCUCUAUCCAGCACGGCCACCAUCACUUUCCUGGUCACGUCGGCGACCCCUCCAAUAAACCCUGAGCUCAUGCAGCCGAGUUCCUGGGAGGAAAAAGUGUCCCGGUGGGAUGUGCCCCUCAUCGUCAUCAUUGUCCUGGCUGGCAGUUGCACCUUGCUCCUAGCGGCCAUUAUCACUAUCGCAACCACCUGCAACAAACGCAGAAAGGAGAAUAAAGGUGACAGCAAGAACCCGAGGGACAUCUCUGAGCUGGAGAAAGGGGAGCAGGAUGAUGACGAGGGGCUUAUUAGCAGCCAGCAAGGGAAUCUGUUUGACACCAGGCCUUUUACUGGCACAGAAGUACCACCGACCCCUGAGGCUCCCGCUACAGAAGAAACAUUCGGCAGCUGUCUGUACGACCCCCAAAAGCGACUGCGCACCACUAACAGCGAGAAUUACACCCCAGCUCCUGUCUUCAGCAAAGACACCGGCCCGACGGUAACAGUCUGGAAAGGGCACUCGUUUAACACUAUCCCCCUGCGGGAGGCUGAGAAGUUCAGCGGAAAGGACAGCGGCAAAGGUGACAGCGAUUUCAACGACAGCGAUUCUGACAUCAGCGGAGACGCACUGAAAAAGGAUCUCAUUAACCACAUGCAGACAGGAUUAUGGGCAUGCACAACGGAGUGCAAGAUCCUGGGGCACUCAGAUCGCUGCUGGAGUCCAUCUUGUGGCAGACCACCCAAUCCCCAUCCCCCCACAGUGCACACUGGACAGCUCUCAGUCUCCAGCUUUUGCAAGAGCACGUCGCUGCCUCGUGAUCCUUUGCACAGAGAUAACUACUACCAGUCCUCUCCAGCUCAGGCACACCUUCCCAAAUCAGGGGGACUUCAGAGCGUCUAUGAGAAAGUACUGCCCAAAGACUAUGAAAGCAGGACUCUAAAUCUGCUCUCCCCGCCAAGGCCUGGAAGACUCCCUGACCUCCAGGAAAUCACAAUGCCUCUGUAUAAGUCCCCGGGCACCACAAGAUACAUGUCUCCAGAUGACAGUACCUGUGAGCAGGAUGAACUUUAAAAUUAUUUAUCUCUAACCCUAAUAUGCAGACUUACACAACUGGGUGUUUAAGGCUUUGUGAGUCCAAAUGUUUAAGUUAUUUACUAGAGUAGGGAGCUUGUUAUACAGCGGCAAGAAGAUUAAACCCCUUGCUGUUUUUACCUACAGUGUUCUAAGGGCCAGAAAUAAUGCAGUAUUACUAGGUCUGGUUUGGGAAAACCACUGGUGUACAUUGUAUAUGCAACUGAAAGUAUGGAGAGGAUAAAAUCCAAACUGGGCCUAUACAUCUAGGUCUAAUAAGAGUGUCAGAUCAGGCUGGUGACAGGACACAUUGGUCACAGUUCUCCCUACUGACACAUCAACAUGUAAAAAUGUAUUAUUUAGAUGGUAACAUACCACAAUGCUCUGACACAUAUACAAAGAGGUGCUUAGCUCAGGAAAUGUAACAUAUUGGUCCGUCAGUCACUCACAGAUCAGCCAGACUAACCAUGUCUGUUAUGAACUGAUCAGAAAAGUCGAAUGAUUUAAUCAGCAGAUUGGCUUAUUGAGUCCAUGCUCAUACAAUAUGGCUUUUCAGUGACCAGAUCAUUCAGAUUCAAAUGAUCAGAUAAUUGACUUUGUGGGUGACUGUAUUCUGCUCUUUGGUGCAAGUUACCAUUCCAUCAACCAUUGCAUUUACUGGCCCUUAGUCACUUGGGGUUCUCUAGCUAAGAUAGCCAUAUUGUGAGCUGGUGAGGAAACAAUGGGUCCUUCUCUAAGCUAUACAAUACACAUGAUCAUGUAGUACAAAACAGGACAUAUGAAAACAGAGGUGGUGUAAUUCUGGCACAAUAUCUGUUCAAUGAAAUCAUUCUAUUGGUUUCUAUGGAACAGUGACUUGUUUCUCAUUAUAACUGUUUCUUAUCAGAAUCUCCCUACUUCUCUUUUCAUACAUGUAGCUGUUUUGGGUUCUGAAAAAAGAAUCCUAUUAAACCUAAUGUGUGAGGUUAAACAAGACGUAAGUUUAGCAAACACAACCUCUGUAAUACUGUCUCCGUUGUGAUCCGAAAAAGGGCAAUUAAAAUAGUAAUAUAUUUAAUAUAUUUUACCCAUUUGUUAGGAUAAAUGACAAAUGUAUUCUUGUACCUGGCAAAGCAGCUGUGCAUGUACAGUAGAAUGACAUAAACCGAUGCAUACGCUGAGACAGAGGGAGGAAUCAAUCUUACCCUGGUGCUGAGCAGAAAACACAGAAAAGUCUCAUGUUUUCCAAACACAUUCUUUUAUAGGGAAUUUUAGUACAGACCAGGGGUAUUUUUUUUGCAUGUGGCAAAAAAUGUUAAUAUAAUCUUCCCAAUGUGCCUUAAGAAAGAUCAAAAAUAAAACUGUAGUGAUACAUUCCUGUCAGGCAAAUGCCGUUUGGGUUUUCCAAACAAAAAUAGGGUUUCUUUUUCUGUUUAUAUAAUUUUUAUGAAAUGUGCAGUAUUUAAUUUUUUUUACCACAUUCAUUCCCUUAGCUGACAUUAGGCUUGCCAUUUGGUAGUGAUUCUAACUAUGAAUACUGUGUACUUGUAAUAUGUUUGUAAAUAGUCAAAAAAUAUGUUCUAUUUUUAUAUUUAUAAAAAAAAAAUAUUCAAAAUGGAAUCUAUUGCCAAAGGAACUAUUGGUGUAAAUACAACAGUAUACCUUAAGUCACUCAAAAUGUAUAUGUUUCAAUGUACAUUUGAACAGUUAUCUCAAAGAUUUGACUUGCAAAGUGUGACUUGUAGUUUAUGCACUUGUGGUUCAUUGAAAAUGUUAUUUAACUACUUUAUACUUCAGAAAAAUGUCACCAUAAAACACUCUAAUAAAGUAUUUGUGACUUC